UACAAAAGUAGCUUUUAUAGCUGUCACCUUUGACGGGAGUGGUCCGCAGUCAGCGGAUACGGAGCAAGGAGGCACACACGCCAAAAGGGAUUGCAAGUGAGACAAGAGCCGAAGAGAGAGGACUGGUCUGGGAAGGUACAGCACUACCGCCAACACCACCGCCAUCUCCUGAGCUCGGAAUCCAAGUCCAAGAGACGUGGGUGACUUUCAUAGAAGAUCAUCUUCUUUGCUGCAUCUUCAAACGUUUAGAAGUAAAACGUUGCAAUGGGCAACUCCAAGAGUGGUGCCAUCUCCAAGGAGAUCCUGGAGGACCUGAAGAUGUCCACCAAGUACAGCGAGCAGGAAUUAACACAGUGGUACGACAUGUUUCGGAAGCAGUGUCCAGAUGGCCGCAUUUCCAGAGCAGAGUUUGAAAAAAUCUAUGAGAAGUUCUUUCCCAACAGCGAUGCCAAGACUUACGCACAGCAUGUGUUCCGCUCUUUUGAUGCCAAUGGAGACGGGACACUGGACUUUAGGGAGUACAUAAUCGCCCUGCACCUCACUUCCUCUGGGAAGACGGCCCUCAAGCUCGAAUGGGCCUUCUCUUUGUUUGACGUCGAUCGCAACGGGUACAUCAGCAAGAAUGAAGUGCUAGAGAUUACCAAGGCCAUAUUCAAGCUGAUCCCUGAAGAUGAUCAUGAUCUUCUUCCCGACGAUGAGAAUACACCAGAAAAGCGUGCGGACAAACUCUGGGGAUAUUUUGGCAAAGGAGAAAAUGACAAGCUGGCUGAAGGGGAGUUUAUUUCUGGGGUGAUGGAAAACGACAAUGCCCUCAGACUGAUCCAGUACGAGCCAAUGAAGAAGUGACCAGCUGCACACUCACCCCCAUCCACUGCCCUUCACAUCCUUAUAUCGCUCCCCUCAAAUACCCCCCCC